AUGUGAUGACUGUUUCAAAGUGUGUACACACUGUAACUCUACUUUUUCGUUUCCCAGUUUCCUGACAAAAAUCGAAAAACAUGAGUGAAGGCAGCAAAAAGUCCCAACUGGACGAAGUCCAGCUACAGCUAAUCCAUCGUAUAUCAAAGAAUGACACUAGCGGCUUUAAGCAAAUGUUGGGCCAACUAAAAGGCGGCGUCAACUUCGUGGACGACAGCGGAAUGUCCAUACUAGCGCACGCCAGCUUUAAGGGCAACAAGGAGGCAGUGCAGCUGCUAUUAGAUAUGGGAGCAGACAUUAAUUUGAAUCAGCAUGGCGCCGAUUAUACGCCGCUCCAUUUUGCCGCCUUGUCCGGCAACACGCACGUGUGUCGCCAGCUCCUGGAUGCCGGUAUCAAUCCGAACAGUAUAAAUAGCGUAAAUCGCACUGCCUCCCAGAUGGCCGCCUUUGUGGGCAAUCACUCGUGCGUGGAGACUAUUAACAGCUAUGUGACAUGCUCCAGUUUGGAGUACUACACCCAGCUGCACGGCCAGCAGACGGAGCCGUAUAUUCCGGCCGUGUUACUACGGGCGUUCCACAGUUUUGUUACCGAAAUCAAUCUGCAUCCCGUUCGAAUUACGCUAAAUGCCCAAUCGUUGGGUCUGCUCAAGGUGCUACCUAAUCUUCGCAAGGCUUUGUCGUUGAUGUGUGAGAAGGAAAUGCAAAAGAGCCACGACAUAAACGAGUUGCUCGCAUUUAAAUUCCACUACCUGGCCUGGAUCGUCAGUGAGCUGCUGCGUUGUGAGGAGCAGUUCAAAGCGCAGCACAAGGAAAAGACCGAUGACAAUGACGCCAGCAAAAACGACUUCAUUGAAGUGUUCGUAAAGCGCGUUCUCAAGGAAAACAAACUCGGCCAGCUGGACUAUGUCGAAUUUACUGUGCGCGAAUGCGCUCGAGAGUUUCCCUUCCGCGAUUGCACAAUCUUUCGCCAAAUAGCCACGCAGUUGGGUGCGAAGGAUGCACCGCCCGCGCUCGUCAUACUACGCAAUGCCAUUAACGGAAUGCGCGGCUUUGUGGACGAGUGUAGCUACUGCAGUACUUGCGGUCAGGAGAAGCCAGACAAGAAAUGUUCCAAAUGCAAGGCGGUCCAGUACUGCGAUCGCGAGUGCCAGCGGCUGCAUUGGUUUAUGCACAAGAAGAGUUGUCCUCGUCUCUUGGCCGCUGUCCUGGCCGGCGGCAAGGAUCAGCCGAAGGGUCCCAUCGAUACAUCCGAACUGCAAGAGGAGCUGGCCAAAUUGGCAGCAUAAUGUCCUGAUGAUUACCUGAAUUUUAAAUAAAUCGAAUAAGAUUUGUUUAAAAA